UGCUCCAUCCCAAACCCUCAGUUGAUAUAGCAGCACUCCACUGCAAGUCAGGCUAUUUGUCAGUUGAUGUAUGUAUUGAAGCCCCCAACAUCAGGCCAUUUCAGUAUGACGUCAGAUUGCUUACCUUAACAUUUAAAAUGGAAGAGAUUUUAAGUCAAAUCAACUUUGGAGAAGGAAUGGCUUUGCCUGUGGCAAAUGAAGAAAAUAAAGCUUUUGAAGCCCAGAUAGAGAAGAAACAAAAACAAAUUGAACAAGUUCGUGAAGAAGUUGAUAGAUCUAAUGAAAGAAUUCAUUCAAUGAAAAAUCAUUUAAAAAAUGUUAAACAAGAACGCUUGCAGAUACAGGAAUUAUGCAAUGCCAGAGAAAGAGAAAUUAAGACAGAGGAGCAUCUUAAACUUAUUGCCGAAAGGGAAGAAGGAAGAUUACAUGCAGAAGUGCAACGCUUAGAAGCAGAGUUAAAUGAAAUUAAUAAUAAAAAAAAUAUCUAUGAGAAUAACAUCUUUAAAAAUAUGAGCAAACUUGAUCAAAUAAAAGAACAAAUGAGCUGGGAUCAACAGGCUUUAGAUGCCUGGAUGGGUGAAUCUGCAAAACAGGAUGAAGAUUCUAUGAUUUUAUUAAAGUACGCAAAAGAUGAUGAGGGAAAAAUUAAGCAAUUAUCAUUAGCACAAGAAAAAUUGAUAGAAAAAUGCCUACAAAAAAGGAAAUUAUUAGAACAAGAAAUUACACGCACUUUGACUUCACAGCUUGAAACUCUGAAGUAUUCUGUUGAUAAAAUUGGAAGAGAUGUUAACAAUGCACGUAAAGCUGAAAUGGAACUAAAAAAAGAAAUUUUUGCUAAUAAAGAGAAGUUUAAGCAAUCUCAAACUAAAAGUCAGGAGGUUCAUGAGCAGUAUAAAUCAGCACAAAACAUGCAAUUAACUGCAGAAGAAAGAACCCAAAUGCUUAAAUCCUGUUUGACAAAAGAAGAAAUAUUAAAUAAAGAUAUUGAAAAAGAGCUCUCUCAGCUUCGUGAUAUACAAUUUAAGAAAACGCAAGAGUUAUAUCAACUUACUCAAGUGGAAGCAAACUUGAAUGCUGAUAUACAAGGUGCCAAAGCUGCAAGUAGAAAUUUAAGUAGUAAACUCAACAAACUAGAUAUGGAUUCAUUAAAGCAGCAAGAGAUUGUUCAUAAUCAAGAUUUUCAUUUACAACAAUUAGAGCGUCAUUUAACAAGAAUAAAUGGUGAUCGAAGUAGUGAAGAACGACAACAUCUUGAGAAACAGAUUAAAGAACUAUCUGAUAUAUUAGAAAGUUAUCAAGCAAAACAUUCUAUAUUAACUAUUCAACUAAAAAAAUUAAGCGAUGAUUUACGAAGAGCUAACAGAGAUUUUAUAAAAAUUGUAGAAGAAGAUAAUAGUUUAGAUGUUAAAAUUGGUGAAUUAACCUUGCAUAAUGAAAGUUCUGAACUUGAACUUAAAAAAUUAAUAAAGUGCAAAGAAGAACUUAUGGUGGAAAAAAAUAUUUUAAAAUUAGACAUAAAGCGACUUCGGGAACAAUUGCACAACAAAACUAAUGAGGUUUUAACCCUUGAAGAUUUUCGAUUGAUGUUAGAUGCAUCCAUGAAAGAGCGUUGUCAAGAUAUCUACACUAGUAAUGAUAUUCUUAAAGCACAAAUUAAGUUUGAAGAAGAAGACAGAAAGAAAAUAAGUUGUGAGUUACACGAGUGCAUUUCAAAAAUUGAAAUAUUGAGAAAAAGAUACGAAAUUUUAACAGUAUCAAUUAUUCCACCAGAUGGUGAGGAGAAUUCUCAAGCUUAUUAUGUCAUCAAAGCUGCUCAAGAGAAAGAAGAAUUACAAAAGACUGGUGAUGAGUUGGAUGCAAAAGUAAGAAAAGCUGAAAAAGAAAUAAGAGCAUUAGAGAACACACUACAGUUAAUAAAUAACCGUAAUGAGUCUUUUCGUCAAUGUUUCUCAACAAUAAAAGAAACAAGCAUGGAGUAUGAAGAAAAAUUGGCUUUAGAAGAACAACACAGAGUAUCUAUGGAUAAGUGUCAAUAUAAACAAAGACAAAUUAAAGAGUUACAACAUGAUUUACACACAAUGAAUGAUACAUGUGAAAAACUUACAGCAGAACUAAAUAAAUUGUUUAUUGAUUAUAGUCACACAGAAAAUGAAAAAAAUGGUCUUCAAAAAGAAUUAGAACUACAAGAUGAAAAAAAAGAUCGUGCUACAAAAAUUAUCAAAAAGUUCAAAUCUAGCAUUAAUAAUGCAAUUUCUCAUGAAGAACGUGACAUAGCUGUCAGAGAAUUGAGAGAAGUCAAUAAGAACAUCACAAAAGAAAUUUUAGAAGUUGCUCAUAAUUACCCAGAUAUUCUGCCCAUAGUUUAUAUGUACUUUCAUAAUGCAGGAAUUAUUAUAAAUUCUUCAAAUAUGGGAUCUCGACCAUCAUCAAUUAGAAGUGGAAAAUCUAGCCUAUCAGUAAGGUCAAUUUCAACGAUAUCUUAUUCUAGAAGUGAAACUAGUAAUUCUCGCAAACAUUCACGAGAAAUUUUAAGUACGAGUUCACUGGAUUUGUUUAAUUCUUUUACAGGUACAAAUCUUGGUGUGAAUUCUGAAGCAGGAAAUUCUUCUAAAUCAUUAAAGAAACUUGUUUCAAAAAAUACGUCUCCGUCUAAAGAAUUUGAAAAGAAUAAAUGACAAAAUAAUUUGAAUUAUAUAUUAACCUUCAACCGCAAAAAUAAGUAGCAAAUAUUAUUUUUUUCUAAAUAGAACAUUUUACGUUGUAUAUUUUAAUUAAGCUCGACGACAAAAAAGUUAUUUCCUAAUUUUUCAGAUUUUUAGUCGAUAUUGAGUUAAUGAAUUAUUGUUGUUUUUUUUUUAAUUUGUUUAUAUUUAAAAAAAAUUAAAAAUUGUAAUGCAAAAAAUUUUUAAGGUGCAACUACUGAAUCUUCUCACUAGAUUUUAGGGUAGUUUGUUUAUUUUUAGGUUGAAUUCAUUUGUAUUUAGAUCAUGGUUUUUUUGGACUUGAGUGACUGUCUGCGCAUGCCUUGUUUUUUAUGAUUGUUUUUAAGAUUUUUA